AGCCCCAUCAGUUCUUCGCAGUUCCUCCAAGAUGCGGCGGUGUUUGGCCGCAGUACGAGCUCACGGGCAGUUCUGGCUUGCGUGUCCGAGUGGCUUUUACCAUGUGAAAGCAAAUAACUCGCGGCGUUCUUCUCAGCACGAAUCCACGGAGAAAGGUUUUUCCUCGUGACAAGAGUCGUUGGAAGGAAAGAAGUUGGCGAAUUCGGACUGAGGGCCAUGCCAGAGGGGUCCCAUUUUGCUCUCCACCAGGGCCCAAUGGGGGAAGUGCCAGAAUCUCCUCAGUUGUCCUCACGCCUCUCCACCAGUGAACAUGACCAGGCACAUGUUGACUUGGACCCAGAGUGUUACAGCCAGCUGUGUAUGGAGCCACUGAACAGAGAGGGUGAGCGUCCAGUGAGCCUGGUGUCCACCUUGUCCUCCGGCUCAUCCCACGAUAGUCGUAGCCUUUUUGGAAGCACUGUUGCCCUUCCUUCUUCCACUACCCCACCCAUACCAAGCGAGGAGGACAUAGACUUGGAGCUGAGCCCAGCUGAAAGCACCAGAAAGCAGACAGAGGAACGGAGUCCCACCCUCCAAGGGUCUGGCAGCUGCUGGUGGGAACCGCUGGAGCCCAGGGUGAUCAACAACCAGUGGAACAACAACAGCAGAGCCACUUCCAAUAGGAAGGCAAGUGGUGAAAUACCUCACAUCUCCACCUCACCUGUCAUCACAGACACUAUGGCACCCAACCCAAAGCUGACCUAUGUGGACCGUGUUGUCAUGGAGAUCAUUGAGACAGAGCGUAUGUACGUCAAGGACUUGCACAGCAUUGUGGAGGACUAUUUGGCUCACAUCAUCGAUAUGAGCAACCUUCCCAUACAGCCAGAGCAAGUGUGUGCACUGUUUGGAAACAUAGAUGACAUCUAUGAAUUCAACAGUGAACUCCUGCAGGCUUUGGACAUGUGUGAGAAUGACCCAGUGGCCGUUGCUCGCUGCUUUGUAGAUAAGAGCGAAUACUUUGUAAUCUACACCCAGUAUUGCACCAACUAUCCCAACUCAGUGGCAGCACUAACCGACUGUAUGAGGAAUGAAACUUUAGCCAAGUUCUUCAGGGAUCGUCAAGCUGCUCUUAAGUGCUCCCUUCCUUUAGGCUCCUACCUGCUCAAGCCAGUUCAGAGGAUCCUGAAAUAUCACCUGCUACUUCAGGAAAUUGCAAAGCACUUUGACCCAGAUGACGAAGGCUGUGAGGUUGUUCAGGAUGCCAUAGACACAAUGACUGGAGUGGCCUGGUACAUCAAUGAUAUGAAGAGGAAACACGAACAUGCUGUCAGAGUGCAGGAGAUACAGUCUCUCCUGAUCAACUGGAAGGGACCUGACCUGACCACCUAUGGAGAGCUAGUGCUGGAGGGUACCUUUCAUGUCCAGAGCAACACCCGUACACUCGUUCUCUUUGAGAAGAUGCUUCUAAUUACCAAGAAACGAGGGGAACACUAUGUCUACAAAAAUCACAUCUCGUGCUCCACCUUAAUGCUACUUGACAAUGCCAAGGAUCCUCUGCUCUUCAGUGUCAUCCAUUUCAAGCACCCCAAGCAACCCCAUACAGUGCAGGCUAAGUCAGUAGAAGAGAAAUGUCUCUGGGCCUGUCACAUUAAGAGGCUCAUUCUUGAGAACCACAACACAAUCGUUCCACAGAAGGCAAAAGUAGCCAUCCUACACAAUUCAAACAGGAAGUACCACUAUAGUCCUGAGAGGCUGCAGAAAGCAGAGUCCUGCCAGGUUGACAACUUCCAUCUUGGGAGCCGAAGUGGGAGAAGGAGAUCAGAGCCUGCAAAACAAAUGACACGGAACACAAACGCUGUUUUGAAGCAUGCAGACAGUGAGGGUGCACUGCUGGGGGACAGGUGCUCCCUUCAGCCAGCCACUAGUGUCAGUACGCUGGCCUCCUCUCUAGGCGAGCCCCAGGCUGAGAGGCCAUGUGCGGAGGAUCUAAUUCCCAGAAGGGAAUCUCUGGAGAAGCUAAGUCUUACUGACUGUGAUCCGAACCGGGGCCCUUCACCCUGUGAUGGGGGGCUGGAGAUGGAGAAGGCAGAGAAGGAGGAGGGGCGCAGUUACAAGGAAGAUAUACUGAUGGGAGACGACCAGGAUGAUCAGAACGGAGAUACAGCCGCACUGAAAAUUGCACCGAAAGAGGAGGCAGAAACUCUUAAGCAGGAGAUAAAAUGUGUGAAAGAGACUCUGACCAGACAGGUCACUGUGGAAGAGCUGCGCCCUCUAGACUGCAUCUUUCAAGCAAAGAAGAGUGAUCAGCUGGAGGUGCAUUACUCUCAAUGCCCCAAGUCUCCUGUCUCCCCUGCGCAACGAGAAACUCAGACCCCAGAACUUCAGGAUACCUCCAGAGAAACUGAAGAAGAAGGAGAGAGUGACUCCUCUGGUCUCCAGGUGGAGGAGAUGAGUGUAUUGACGAAUGGGGAAAUCUCAGAGGAGGAAGAGUAUGUAUUGGACAGGAAAAACAUCCUACCUUCCUCUGUGUUAGACCAGGCAAAUGUGAUCGCUGAGCGCUUUGUCAGCGGCCUGUCCAGACGGAGCAGUCUGGUUUUAGAGGACAUGGGUUCCCUCCCCUGCCCUUCACCUUCAAAAGAUGAUAAUGCCUUCAGAAGCCUCUCAGCCUGCGUGGACUUGGAGAAACGGAGACAAAUGUUGGCCAGUUAUUUUCCAGAACCACACUCCGAGGCUAAUUGUUCAACAUCUGCACUUGAGCCUGCUUUGGAUAACCACACUGAAGGGGAACGCAGGUCCACUCUUUCUAAACAAGAUCGCCUUCUCAUCCACAAGAUCAGAAGAUACUACGAGCAUGCUGAGCACCAAGAUGCUAACUUCAACAUCAAGCGCAGGGAAAGUCUCUCCUAUAUUCCAGCAGGUCUAGUCAGGCACCUGAGCCAACAACUAAACAGUAUUCCUCAGGAGCAGGCCGCCCCUGUUACCAGGAAAGACCUCUCCCGGAGCCGGCCCACUUCCUGGUCUGUGUUUGACCUUCCUGGCUUGGAAAAGGCUCAAAAUACUGAAACUCCCCAGAAAGCGGAACCGCAGAGACCAGUGGAAGCCAAGGUGAGGUCUCAGAGCCUCAUGGAGGGAUCCUCCAAAGAAGAAGAGUUCAGACCAUCAUCAGACAUGCUCAGGGUUUGGCAAGACAUGGAAGUGGAGAAGGAAAGCCUGGAGGUUCAGCAAACUGCAGAGGAAAAAGUGAAUGACUCAAGAUCUGAAGUGACACAGGAUAUAAUCUUAGACACCUCAGAUGUUGAUGCCAGUAAAGAACCACCUCAGAUUUUAGAAGAGUCUGAAAUAAGCACUUCCUCUGAGAGCUCCUCUAUCUCAUCACCCACCACAACCUCUCCGUUAGUGGAGAAAUCUGGCCAGGACUCAAAGCCAAGUAAGAAUCAUUAUUCACAUGAGAAGAGCCAUGUCACCCACAGCCAGCUACCUAACAUCAUUACCUUUCAAACAAGCAUGGAUGAGGACCAGAUCCUACAAGACAUGGGGAAGAUGAAAAGCAAGGUGUUCCAACUGGCUCGUCAGUAUAGCCAGCGCAUCAAAAAUAACAAACCUAUAGUUUGGCACAGGAACCGAGAAACAGCAAAUCAACAGGGCUUUAAGAACUUGCCAGCUGUCCAUGAAGAGAAGAUGCACCUGAGGAAAAAGGGUAAACCAAACCUGAGAUUGCCCUUGAACACCUGCAGUCAGGCGGGCAUCCAUGAAGUGUCUUCUCCAAGUCCAGUCCAGUCCCCUGGCUCUGAAGCCAGCUCCUGGAGCACAGUGACCUGCCCUCAAAGCCCACAGUCAGAGACCUUCCACUGGCCUGAUGUGCAGGAGUUGUGCUCUAAAUACACAGAGCCCUCCCACUCCUCAAAAUUAACCUGUAGCUGCACAGCCCCCAGCGGGAUGUUGGAAUGCUCUACAAACAUGUGUAAGGGCUGCUCACACAAGUUCAGCAGCUCCUCUGAACCUCGCAAAGCUCUGUCUGACUGUCCCAGGACUCAGUCUGAUACAGUGCACCAGGAAAGGUGUCAGACAGUAGAGGACUGGCCCCAACCACAGUCACUGCCCCAGCUUCAGCCCCUGCUGUGCAGCUGGAGUUCCUUGGACCACAUGCUGGGGUCUUUCCCUCACCAUGAAGUACAGAACCUUAAAGAACCAGUGAGGACCUGCUGCACGGCUGGCAAACUUCGAGACUGGGACAGCCUCCUCCAGGAGGGCCCAGACUGUGCAGCAAAGUGCACCAUGCUGAGUUCAGUGAAGAUGUCAGAAAGUAAUCUAGUGAAAAGUUUACGGGAGAGGUUUCAGAGCUUAAGCACAAACUCAUGAACAUGUGAACUGUGUACAUUUUUAUGAUUGGGAAGUCACUUCUGUCUGUUGCUUCUCAGCAUCCCUUUUUACACUUUCUCCCCCCAAAGAAUACAUUAUUAUCUGCAUAGUGUUUUCAGUAUAAGGGACACUGGGCGGUGAUGCUGGGACCAGUGAUACACAAAAGGGGAUACAAGUGGGCAACGGGGGGGCAUUUUAAAAACUAUUACAGUAUUUGUACAUUGGGUAUUUGUCUGCACUGUACAAUAUAAAGUUUAAACUGACAAUUAGCCCCCCUCAUUGUUAUAUGCAUCUAUUUGGGUCCCACCUACUGUUAUUGAUUCCUGCUAUAAUCACUAUAAACCUUUAACAUUUCACCAUGUAAACAGUCAGCUGGGGUUUCAUGGAAAGCAAAAGAGACACUAACACACAUGAAUACUUUCGACUCACUGACAAGUGAGCUCUGCUGUUAGGACAGUCUCCCACUACACAGUUCGCUUUUAAUAUUUGUUGAUAUCUAAUGCAUGUGGUUACAGCAGUGUUUACUUUCACAUAUCACUGGAGCUUUAAUUUUCUCAACAUGUAUAUUUUCUUGACUGUUAUUUAUGAAACUGGACAUUUGGGAGAGAUUGGCCUCCUGUACAGUAAAUACUUACCAGCAGCAACACUUUUUACAUUUUAGUACCAGAGAAUAUAUUGUUCCAUACUUGAAGUUUCCCCAUUAUUUUCAAUAAAAACAGAAACGACUGAC